AUUGGGCUGCGGCACUGUCACUCAGAUUCAACUUCCGCUUCCCCGUCCUUUUCCGGUUAAGCGCUGGCGGAGACGGGCACGGUAACGUGGGCGCUAAAUUUCAGCCACAGUAGACUACGUCUCAAAGGAACCUGCUUUGUACAGGGAUCAGAGUGCUGGGCGUCCUUGCGCAGCUGCUCAGUUGCCUAUUCUCAUCGUGUAGACAGGCUACUGCAAAGAUGGUCAAUGUACCUAAAACCCGAAGAACUUUUUGCAAGAAGUGUGGAAAGCAUCAGCCUCACAAAGUGACCCAAUAUAAGAAGGGCAAAGAUUCCCUGUAUGCCCAGGGAAAGAGGCGAUAUGACCGCAAGCAGAGUGGCUAUGGUGGGCAGACAAAGCCAAUUUUCCGGAAGAAGGCUAAAACCACAAAGAAGAUUGUGCUUAGGCUUGAAUGUGUUGAACCCAACUGCAGGUCCAAGAGGAUGCUGGCCAUUAAGAGAUGCAAGCAUUUUGAACUGGGAGGAGAUAAGAAGAGAAAGGGCCAAGUGAUCCAGUUCUGAGCUUUGGAACUCCAGUUUUGAGAUGAAAAUGUUUCAGUAGGAAAAUUAUCUGUGAAAAUAAAGAUUUGUAUGCAUACUA